CACCAUUCUUCCUUAGCCCGACAGGCCAAGCCAUGUCCUGUGUCUCUCUCUUUCUCUCGCUCGCUCGCUCGCACCUGAAAGAAUCACCAACAGCCAGAGCUCCAGCAGUCGCUUUUUGAGCUCUCAUGGUUGUUGUUCAAGCCUCCAAGCUAACCAUCCCCAACCUCUCUCUCUCCCCCUCUCCGGCCAUCGCCUCCAUCCUCUAUGACCCCCACUCUCUCUCUCUCGCCCUCAUGCACUCCGACUCGUCCUUCUCUCUCUACCCUCGUCUCUCCCCUCUCUCUCUCCCCUCCUCCUCCUCCCUCCCCCCUCCGCAGACCCUCGUCCCCCCUCCUUCUUCCUCCUCCGCCUUCCUCCUCCUCCGGCGGGAUGCGGACGAUUCGAGCUCGCGGGUCGUUUUCCUCGUCUCCGGCCCGCACAGGGGCGGGUCCCAGAUUCUGCUCCGCUUCUUUGUCCUCCAGAGCAGCGGCAACAAGUUCGCUAGGGCCCGAGUCGUUUGCAAGCAGAAAGGCCUCAGCUUUGACCCCAGCUCCGGCGUCGUGUUCGAUAAUCGUCAUGGGGUUUCAAUUAAGAUUUCUGGGUCGACCAAUUUCUUCGCCAUGUACUCGAUUUCGAGCGGCAAGAUAUGGGUUUUCGCGGUCAAGGCCCUGAGAGAUGGGGUUACUGGUGGUGGGGGUCAUGAUGGGGGGGCUUUGGAGUUGAUGAGGUGUGCGGUGAUCGAGUGUUGCAAGCCGGUUUGGUCGAUUAGUUUUUCUUUCGGGUUGAUUGUUUUGGGGGAGGAGAAUGGGGUUCGGGUUUUCAAUUUGAUGGCUAUUGUUAAGGGAGGAAGCAAGAGAGUCAGGAAUUUGAAUCCGAAUGGGAAGCUCGGUAAUCGGCAGUUGCCUAAUGGAGUGACUGGAAGUGGGAUUGCAGGAAACUUCGAGAAUGCUCGCAAUGUUAGUUUUGAAGGGAAGAAUGAUAAGCACCCUGCAUCUGUGAAACAGUCAACGGUCAAGUUAAAGCAAGAGGCCAGCAAUGGGAGUUCUUGUUUUGUGACAUUGAAGAGCGACGAUGAUGUAGCCUCAACUUCUAUAUCCACAGCAGUGAUGUCACUUAAAGCACUUUAUAUCCAACCUUUGUCCCCAAGAUCCUUCAUUGUUUUGGAUUCAGUUGGAGAUUUACACCUUGUAUGCCUGCCGAAGUCCAAGACACCCACUGCUUCUGAUGUUAAUUUCCAUUUGAAGCAUAUGCCUCAUGUCAUGAAAGUGCAACACUUGACUGCUUUUCCUGAUAUUACAAUGAGUACAGGAACUAUUUGGGUAGACGAUGGUUCUAAUACUGUGCACAUGAUGGUUGGAUUUGACAUGGAGGCUGCUAACGAUGCUAACAAUGGAAAUCAGAGUCAUGAAAGGCUGACGCAGAUUUCAGUUGUCCAAGCAAUUUUUACGAGCGAAAAGAUUCAAAGUAUCAUUUCCCUGGCAUCAAAUGCUAUUUUGAUUCUUGGACAAGGAAGCCUGUAUGCAUAUGCCAUUUCCUAAGUCGCUCGUGAGUACUUUUUACCUGGUCCCUGGAUACUUGCAUGUUUUAAGGUUCUGAAUGGUUCCUGAACUGAUGUUUAGAAUUUGGUCGUGGUCCUAUUUCUGCUGUUUGCUGGGCUUACAUGUCUGUUGUCAAAAUUGGGAGCUGCAGCGUUCUCAUGCAUCUAAAUAUUUUGAGGACCUCGAGAAGACUGAGCUCUUGGAGGUACUUCCGUCACUACCACUUUCCUUUGUGAAAGUACAGUUGCAUGGACCGGUUAAUUGCCCAUAAAGGAUUUCGAAAUGUGGAUCUCUACGGUUGAAAGCACCAAUAUGGCGCGCCAUGCAUCUUUGUGCUCCUGGCUGUAGAAUCUACCGCUUCGCUGUUCGUGUUUAUGGGCACGUGCAGAGGUUGCACUUCCAUCUCUUCACUGCGGAGGUUGUACUUGCAGGGUCUAUGUGCUUGUCCAUCAGAUGAAAGGUCAGAUAGACUGGAGGUCCCUUUUGUCGCUGUUCUGUCAAGAACAGGAUGAGGGUCCAAUGCUAUGUUCUGCCUUCUGUACUCAAAAAGGCUUUUAGGCUCGUCCGCAUCGUCGUAUCAUUGACACAGAUUGAUCUGUUCUCCUUUGCAAGAAUUGCGCGCUCUUAUGUUGAAACAGGACCAUUGUUUAGUUGUUAUGUAAAAGAGAGUCAACGUCAUCACCUAUUAAAGCCAUUAAGUAUUUCGAGUGGUCAAUCUGAUGUUGCAUUGCU